CAUCAACAGCUUUGUAUUCCGUGUGCCACCGUUCGAAUGUUUACAUUGUCAUGUGUGAUACUGACAUAUAAAGAUGGAUUCAAAUUGAUGAUGAUCUGUACAAUAGGCAGUUGAAAUACUUAUAUCCACAACAUCAGUUGAAAAUGUUUGGCUGUUGUGCCUCGCAGGUGGCCUGCUGCUGUGGUCCAGCAUCAUGUGCUCUGUGUUGCAAAUGUCUGCCGAAGAUCAACGAGUCCACCGGGUCGAGGAUCAUGUACACCAUCUUCUUCAUACUGGUGUUUGUGGUGGCCUGCCUCAUGCUCUCUCCACAGCUGGAGGAAGUCUUCAGGGAGAGGGUGCCAGCAUUCAACGACACAUGUGUCAUGUUGAAUGUAGGCCCCAACUGCAGCCGCUUGAUGGGGUAUAAGGCCGUAUAUCGCCUGUGUCUGGGCGUGGUCAUCUUCCACUUCCUGCUGAUGUUGCUGACACCCUUCGUGCCGAGCAGCAACCACUGGCGUGCGUCAGUACACAAUGGGUACUGGAUCUUCAAGUUUCUGGUUCUGUGUGGACUCUGUGCUGGGGCAUUCUUCAUCCCCUCAACGUACAGUCUCUACUGGAUGUACAUUGGCAUGGCUGGGGGAUUUCUUUUCAUCAUCUUGCAGCUGAUACUCUUGGUGGACUUCACUCACUCCUGGAAUGCAGCCUGGGUGGGCAGGAAGUCUGGCACUGGCUCCAGGAACAACUGUGGGUAUGCAGGCACCCUGAUGAUUGCUGUGAUAUUCUUCAUUAUCGGUGUGCUGGGCGUUGUGAUGCUGUUUGUCUACUAUGCACCGAAUGACUGCAACACCAACAAGAUCUUCAUCGGCAUCAACACUGGCCUCUGCGUCACCAUCUCCAUCAUCACCCUGCUGCCAUGUACAGAGAAGUUUAACCCCAAUGCUGGCAUGCUGCAAGCUUCUGUGAUCAGCUUGUAUGUCCUGUACCUCACCUGGUCAGCUCUCACCAGUGAACCCCCAGAGGAAGUGAACAUCUUGGAGACCUUUGCCACGAAGACUCAGCGCCUCUCCCAGCAGAAGGAUGCACAUGCCGUGAAGAUAGGUCAGGUGGGCCAGCACUUCCACCGGGAGGCCAACAUGUCAUCUUUGUAUCAGUGUCGACCAGAUCCAUCUUUCCCAGAAGCUGAUCUCAUCUCCGCUUAUGCCGGACUCCUCAUCACGUUUAUCAUGGCUGUAUACUCCAGUGUCCGGACGUCCAACCAGUCACACAAACUGGGCAUCCGCCGGGGAUCAGCAGCGGGAGGCAAGACGUGGUGUUGCUGUCUCAUGUAUAAACGAGAUAAUCCAUCAAUUCAUGGCGGCCAGGAGGUCGUGCAGAAUGAGGCAGACGGAGUUAUCUACUCCUACUCUUUCUUCCACUUUGUGUUCUGUCUGGCUGGGCUUUACAUCAUGAUGCAGCUGACUAACUGGUACAGACCCGAGGAGACAAACAUAGACAAGUUUGGGCUGAAUUGGUCUGCAGUGUGGGUGAAGAUGGCCUCCAGCUGGGUAUGUGUGGCCAUAUACACCUGGACUCUCUUCAUCCCCAAGUGCUGCCCAGGACGGAACCUGUCCUUUCCCAGACCACGCCAAGAUUCGGUUGAUGGUAGGCUUGAAGAGGAAUGUCUCCAUGAUAUGCCAAGAUCUGGGUCUAGGUCAUCAAAUAUAUCUUCAAGAACAGUCGAUGAGGAUCCUCGUCCAGGAUCCAGGAUGUCCAGAUCAAAGUCUGCUUCCCGUGACAAACUAAACAGACAGUCCCCUGCACGGACUCCUAUUGAGGAGCGACCUAGCUCCAGAUCAUCUGCAGCUGCAAAGUCAAAGGACAGAUACAGAUCUCCAGCAAGGACUCCCAUCGAGGACCGACCAAGUUCAAGGUCAGCUAGAAGGUCAAGAUCACGUUCACCCAAAAAAGAUAGAGACAGACAGAGUUCAGUAUGAGCGUAUUUCAUGUGUGUCCCAAGGUGUUGUGAUAUGUGACUAUAAGGACAAAGUUCAAGGUCAUCAAGAAGGUCAAGAUUACAGUUACCAAGAGGCAGUAGAGACUGACACAAGUGUGCAAGGUGUUAUGAUAUGUGACUAUUGAUGACACAAAUGUCCAUAUUUGUUCGUUUUUUCUAGUAUUUCACUUAUCAUGCUAAUGUACCUCAAUUUCUAGCUGACUCCUGUGUCCUAGAAGAAUUCCUUUUGAUGCUCAGACUUCAGGUUCUCUACAAAUGGCUAUUGUAUAUGAAUAUUCAGGUAUUCACACGUGUUUGUACGGUUUGUGUGAAACAUUCUGUUGUCAACUAGCUCAUGUUACCUGAAAGAUAACGAAUAAGAACUGGCAGUUUGAACCCCCAAGUAUAACAUGGUCAAGCCUUGCAGAAACAUUAUUAUUUGAAUUAGUAAUUGUCAUUAUAUGUUUGGUAAUGGUAACCAUGGCAACUUGUAAAAAGUUUCUUUAACCAUGUUUAAGUAGCUAUUGAACAUAGUGAAAUAAUGUUAAUCCCUAUCUUGCUAAUUCACCAAUGGCUGAUUCGAGAACUUCUUGUUUUUCAUGUAUAGAGUUAUAUCAGUUCGGUGUCUUGCAGAAUCUGUAAAGUCAUCAAAAGUGAGGAAAAGUAUUAAGAUUUUUUGGUGGUUGAAUUUGGUAAUUGAGAUUUUAUUAACUGUUCACUCAAGAACUUUUUAGGAGUUCAAAGAUUUGUUCAAGAAGUAUUGUCUCUUGAUUUGGCAACCCUUUUGUGGUUAAAAUCAUAAUUAUUGAAACACGACAAUUGUUGUUCCAGAACUGAAUCUCAGUGUGUAUAGGAAUCUAUAUAUGGAAAUCUAUGUGUAGAAAUCUGUGUAUAGGAAUCUAUGUAUAGGAAUCUAUAUAUAGGAAUCUAUGUAUAGGAAUCUAUAUAUAGAAAUCUAUGUAUAGGAUUCUGUGUAUAGGAAUCUGUAUAGGAUUCUGUGUAUAGGAAUGUAUAUAAAGGAAUCUGUAUAGUAUUUUAAGUAUAGGAAUCUAUAUAUAGGAAUCUGUGUAUAGGAUUCUAUGUAUAGGAAUCUAUUAUGUGGACAGAGAAAGAAGCAACCCAAAUUAUUGCCUUAUUUCUGGCAUUGACAUUUUCUAGCAUUGUGUAGAAUAGAAAUCUUAUAUGUGGUUGUAUAUUUCCCCGUACAACAUGAACACUGUGAGUAUAUUUCCCCAUACAACAUGAACACUGUGAGUAUAUUUCCCCAUACAACAUGAACACUGUGUGUAUAUUUCCCCAUACAACAUAUACACUGUUAGUAUAUUUCCCUGUACA